UCGGCCUAGUUAGUUAUGCAAGGGAAGCAACCCAGAAACAUACUGUGCAAGGGCUCCCUGGAUUACCAAAACCAGGAUUCUUCUAAAUCUCUACUUGCUCAGAGGCCAUUUGGUAUUUCUUACAAUAGGUAUAUAAGUGGAUUAAAGAUAGGAAGAACAAUGAGGGCCUUUUUGAUUGUUAGCCUAGCUCUGCUUUGUGCAGGGGUCCUGGCUGACCAUGAUGGUCAGACCAAACAUGGUAAGGACCAUGAUCACAAUGGCCAUGACCAUGGAGAUCAUGACCAUGACCAUCAUCACCAUGGUAAAGGAAAACAUCACGAUCACAAGCACCAUCAUCAUGCUGGUGAAGACAUGGCUUGCCACAAAAUAGCACCAUCCAAUUCCCAAUUUGCUUUCAAACUCUUCAGACAAGUUGUAGCAGAUCAUCCAUCGGAAAACAUUUUCUUCUCUCCAGUGAGUAUCUCCACUGCCUUGGCUAUGCUCUCUUUAGGUGCCAGAGCUGACACUUUAAACCAGAUCAUAGAAGGACUGAACUUUAACAACACUAAAAUAACAGAGGAGGAGAUACAUAACGGCUUCCAGCAUCUCCUUCACAUGCUGAAUGACCCAGACAGAGAAUUGCAGCUGAACAGUGGAAAUGCCCUCUUCAUAGACAAUAAUGUGAAGCUCAUCCAACAAUUCAUAGAUGAUGUUAAAAAGUACUAUGAAUCAGAAGCUUUUUCUACUGACUUCAAUAAUGCAGAGGAAGCAAAAAAACAGAUUAACAGUUAUGUGGAGAAGCAAACUCACGGCAAAAUUGUUGAUUUGCUCAGCAGUGUCGAUAAAAAUGCUGUUUUAUAUCUUAUUAACUACAUUUUCUUCAGAGGAAAAUGGGAAAAGCCUUUUGAAGAAAAGUUUACACAGGAUGGAAUCUUCCAUGUGGACGAGAACACAAAUGUGACAGUCCCAAUGAUGCGCAGAAAUGGCAUGUACAAUGUGGCAUUUGAUGAAAAGCUUGGCUGCACUGUGGUACAAAUCCCAUACAAAGGGAAUGCAACAGCACUCUUUAUUUUGCCAGAUGAAGGAAAGCUGAGACAAGUGGAAGAAGCUCUAGAAAAGUCAACAAUAAUGUCCUGGAAAAAACAAUUUAGAUAUCAAUCUAUAGAGUUAACUAUCCCCAAAUUUUCAAUUAUGGCAACACUUGAUCUUAUCGAGGAGCUUAAGAAAUUUGGAGUGACUGAUGUUUUUUCACAAAACGCUGAUCUCUCUGGGAUUGUGGAAGGAACCCCACUCAAGGUGUCUAAGGCAGUUCAUAAGGCUGGUUUGAGCGUUGAUGAGACAGGAACGGAGGCAGCAGCAGCUACUGCUUUUGAGAUUAUGCCAAUGAUGAUCCCACCACACAUCUUGUUUAAUCGGGCCUUCGUUGUAAUUAUUUAUGAUCCUAUUCCAAAAAGCAUCCUCUUUGUUGCAAAAGUAGUAAACCCCAAAAAUUAGUUUACAUGUCAUUGUUUGUGUAAUAAAAUAACAUAUGUCGUCGAUAUGCCUAUCAUCCUUACAAAUCUUAGAGAGAAAGAGUAAACUUGUAGGACCAUGCUUACUAGGGAAUCUAAUUAGAUGCAAAUUCUCCACACAUCUCCUAAAGGAGUUACUUCUAAGUGUUGCAUAUUUAUAAUACUUAAACUUGUUUAUGAAGAGAUGAGGGCAUAGGUGUCAGUGAAAAUGUUCCAGUGGGAAGGAGUUAAUAACUAAAAGAAUUAUAUUAACACAAUAAAGUUUUCCUGGACUUAGUUUGAUCACUAGGUGUAAAGGUAUUGGCGGCUCUUUGAGCUGUUUUACACCAAACUUUGCAAAGUUCACCAAACAUUCCACCAUUUCAGUAACAGGAGGUGCAAUUACAGUAGAGUGUGUAAGUAAAAAAGUGUUGCACUAUACAUAAUUUAAUAAUACAUCAUACAAUUUGGAAAUAAAGACUUAAAUCUUA